AUGAAACAAAUUCCAUUUACAAAAAGAAGUGGAUUGUUAGUCGAUAGUCCUGGUGAUAGUGCGUACGAUUGGUUUAGGCUGUUGUUUGACGAUGAACUUUUAAAUAUGAUUGUCUUACAAACUAACAGUUAUGCAGUUGAAGUUCUUUCUACCAGCAAAGGAUGUGACCGUUCAAGGAUUUCCCUAUGGAAGGAAUUAACAAUAUCGGAAUUGCUAAUAUUUAUUGGAUUAACCUUCCAUACAGGAACAAUCCAAUUGCCUAGCAUACAAGACUACUGGAAGAAAAAUAGAUUAUUUUCGACUUGUUUUUCUUCAUACAUGAGUAGAGACCGCUAUUUGCUUAUAAUGCGAUGCCUUCAUUUUGCCGAAAAUGUAAAAGAAAAUGAACCAGUUCCAGUAGAUCGACUAUAUAAGGUAAGACCCUUGCUAGAUCAUUUUAAUAACAAAAUGAAGAAGGUAUACUAUCCAGGAAAGUAUUUAUCUCUAGACGAAUCUAUGAUCUUGUGGAAAGGAAAACUGGUAUUCAAGCAAUAUCUCCCUAAGAAACGACAUAAGUAUGGAGUAAAGCUUUAUAUGCUGACAGAAGCCGAUUCAACAAUUUUGGAUAUCCAUAUAUAUGCUGGUGCAGGUGAUGCAACUGCUGGUAAGUCUCAUACAGAAAGAGUGGUGCUACACCUAAUGCGUAAUUUUUUCGACCAUGGACAUUCGCUUCAUAUGGACAACUAUUACAAUAGUUAUAACUUGGCCAAAUUACUACUGGAUAAAAAUAGUUUUUGUACAGGCACUCUGAGAAAAGAUAGGAAAGGCUGUCCAAAAAACGUCGUAGACGCAAAGUUAAAAAAAGGCCAGACCAAAAGUAUGUACCUCAACAACGUAAUGGUUGGAAAAUGGCGAGACAAAAGAGAUAUCAUUUACAUUUCAACUGAAUAUAAAAAUGAGAUGGUAACCGUAAGAAAUAGACGAGGGGAUGAGAAAAUUAAACCACUGCCAAUCAUUCAAUAUAAUAAAUAUAUGGGCGGAGUAGAUCUUCAAGACCAAAUGUCUUCUUAUUAUCCGCCGACACGCAAAACUUUACGUUGGUACAAAAAAAUUGGCAUACAUCUGUUUCAGCUAUAUUUGCAA